AUGGAUAUGAUGGGGUGCUGGGGUAUGAUGCCAGCCUUUUCCCGUGGUCAUCAUGAAGGAGGUGGAGAAGCAACCAUCACAAUAUCAACUGCUAGCGACAAAAAGAAGAAAAACAAAAAGAAGAAGAAAAAGCCAUCGAUUCACGUUGUUGGACCAAUGGUCAAAGACUCUGACCGUGGGUUUGGAACCAUCCAGUCUUGGGUUAUAGGAGGAAAAUCUAUUGAUCACUCCAACAUUUCACACUUGCCUGGUGACGGUUCAAGCUCGAACAAUCGUGGUUCAAGCAAUAAUAGUCCUGGUUCAAGUGUGAAAAGUGACGAGAGUAGUGAUAUAGAAUCGAAUGUGCAUGAUUCAAAUCUGAAUAGGGGAAUCGUUAGAGGGGGAGUUAGAAAGGGGAGGGGUAUUAUUAGUGACCUUUGGGAUAUGGGGCAACAGGCCGUUGACGCGGUAGCUGAGCAUGCAGUGGAGAGUGACCUUAAAGAGGAUGGGCUUACAGACAAGAGCUCCUUUGAAG